AUUUCCGUUAUUCCAAUCUCUUCAGUUGUAUUUCUGGUCCGUUUUUGCUGAUUGUGCAUUGUUUCUACAGGGUGCGGCGGUUGAAGACGGACGUCUGCGGCCGGGCGAUCGUCUGCUGGCGGUCGACGGCUGUCAGCUGACCGGGAAGACGCAGGCUGAAGCCGUCGCUUUGCUGAGACAGGUGCCAGCCAAUGCCACUUGCCUUAUCACAGUGUCCAGGCACGACCCCAACGAGAAGGAUACCACUAACACCAGCAGUAGUAGUAUGGAGGUCGGUCAAAGUCCGAGCAAACAGCAGCAGAGACCAGUUGAGGUCAAGUCAAACAAAUCUGCCAACCACUCAAAUCAGGAUUCGAAUAGCAGCGGUGGUUCAGUUCAUAGUAAACGAGUCAAUGAUAGUAAAAAUAGCAGCAGUCACUCCUCCAAUCAGGAUGACUCGACCAACGACUCUCAUCCUAACCUGUGGAAGCAGAAGGAGAUAGUGACGCUGUACAUCCCAGUUCAUGACACGGAGAAGGCCGGCCUGGGAGUCAGUGUCAAGGGCAAGACUAGUGGUGGAGGGGGUAACUCUUCCCCCACCACCGAUCUCGGAAUAUUCAUCAAGAAUGUGUUGCAUGGAGGCGCUGCUUCCAGGGACGGAAGACUUAGAACCAAUGACCAGUUGCUGAGCGUCAACGGAAUCACACUGUCUGGAUUGUCCAAUCAGGCGGCAAUGGAGACCCUUCGUAGGGCGAUGCUUAGGACAGAGGGCCCCGUGGAAGGGAGUAUAGUGCUUACUGUGGCCAGGCGAAUACAGGGUGCCGGCUCAAAGGACACACCCCGAAGAGGCUCUGUCUCCUCACUGCUCACUGACUCAUCAGCCAACACGGAGACGUUUGGAGGCAGUAAUGGAAAUAAUGGAGGAGUUGAUGUGCAGAAUAAUUCGGGAAACAGUGAAGCAUCUGACAGCACUGUCAUAUGUCUACCCACCACCACACAGCACUCCUCUAAUAGCAACUCCACCCAACGGUCGAAUAAUGGUUAGUGCUCCACUUUCAUA